CGAGCGCUCUGAUUGGCUGGGAGACGCCGUUUGAAAGGCGCCCGGCCCAGGAAGGCGGUGGAGCGGCCGCUGGUCGCAGUGCCUGGUGUCGUUCAUGGCGUCUUCCGGCAAGUGGGAGAUCGUCAAUAAGAAGAACAAGAAAGCCGCCGUCACUAAGAAUGAGAAGAAGUUAGCCCGGAAAGCUCUGUCAGAGAACAUGCCUCGGAUAGACCCAGUCUCUCCUUUGAAACCUUCUGAAACCCUCUUUGAACUUGGAUUUGAGAAAAUGGGAAAGAAGCAGAACAAAGAGCAAGUUCCUCCCAUAUCAACUGAGCAACCACAGCAGAAACCAGCCUCUGGGGGAAAGAUGGUCAAGAGUGGUGAUAGUGGACCGAAACACAAGAUAUUUCCUUCUUUAGAGGCGGCUGUUAAAGCUCUUGAUUUGAAAGAACUUCAGGAGCAAAUGGAUAAAAGUCAGGACUUGUUUCCUGGGAACCCAUCUGUCUGGGUGAAGGAUUUGGCUGGUUACUUAAAUUAUAAACUGCAGGCACCGGAAUCUGAGCCCACCCUCAGUCAGUAUUCUUAUGAUUAUCCAUAUUGCCUUACAAGUAAGGAGCUGAGGAACAUUAUCAAAUUACUGCUGGGGAAAGCAUCUGACAGCUUGGAGCAUUUUUUUGAUCACUGUAUUUACACAAUGCUGCGUGAACAAGACAAGGCUGCUGGUGAAUCUCUGCAUGGCUACAGAAUUUGUAUUCAGGCUAUUCUGGCAGACAAACCUAAAAUUGCAACAACAAAUUUAGGAAAGUACCUAGAAAUGCUGAGAUCCCAAUAUAAUAAACCAGCUAAAUGCCUUACCAUCAUGUGGGCUCUAGGGCAAGCAGGAACAGAUUUGGCUGAAGGAUUGAAAGUAUGGCUUAACAUUAUGCUUCCUGUAUUGGGCAUCAAAGCACUGUCUGCUUUUGCAAUCUGCUAUUUGGACAGACUGCUAAUGAUGCAUUCUAACUUGUCCAAAGGAUUUGGAACAAUUGGACCAAAAGAUUUUUUCCCACUGCUGGACUUCGCAUACAUGCCAAACAACUCACUUUCAUCUAAUUUGCAGGAUCAGUUGCGCCAACUUUAUCCAAAGCUGAAAGUAUUGGCAUUUGGAGCCAAACCAGAAUCUACACUACACACCUAUUUUCCCUCUUUCUUGUCCAGAGCAACGCCUAACUGUCCUCCAGAAAUGAAGAAAGAGCUCUUAAGAUGUAUGGUUGAAUGUUUGACCAUAGAUUCUAACAGCUUCAGCGUUUGGAGACAGCUUUACACCAAACAUCUUUCACAGUCCAGUCUUCUGCUAAAUCGUCUUUUGGAAACCUGGGACAACAUUCCAGUCAAGGUGCAGAAAUCUCUGCAGGAAACAGUGCGGUCAUUUAAAGUAACAAAUGAAGAACUGUCUGGAAAGGGUACCUUGAAUUCACAAGAAAUAAAUGCCUGCGACACUGCAUGCAAUAAUCUUUUGCAGAAGCUGAGAGGCGGUGGCUUUCCCUGGUUUCGUCUGUUACUUAUCCUAUUGAUUUUUACUGCAGGCUUUGUACUGCAUGAUAUUAAAGUACACGGAUCCUUCAAUGCCUCAUCUUCGGCUCAUAUCCUACAACAGUCGGGAGUGAUGUCUGUAUCUCAGCAGGCGUGGAAUAAAGUUUCUUACUAUUCAAAGCAAGGAUAUAGCUGGAUAGAAACAAAUACUCCUCAUUAUUAUUCAGAAGCUGUAAGUCUGUUUGGACCAAGUCUUGAACUGGGUUGGACAAAGCUAUCUGAAUCAGCUGUGUAUAUAAAGGAGAAGUUAUCGAUUCAUAUUGCAUGGAUCAUUGAAAAUCUGCCCAGGUUUACAGAGUGGCUUCAUUCUAAUAUACCGGACGCAGUGUUUCACUUUGUAGAAUAUGUCAAGGAAAUGCUUCUCUUUAUCCAUCAGAAUUAUAUAUUACCAGCUGUGGAAUAUACAAAAAUAGUGAUAAUACAGUGGUGGAAACUAUUCGUUAAUUCUUGCGAGAACGAAAUCAAUUGGGACUGUAUGAGGAAACAUCUUGUGAAUGCCACCCAAGUAACGUGGAGUUAUCUGCAAAAUACUACUACCGCUAUCAAAAACUGGGCUGCCUCAAUGAUCUCCAAUCAUUAAACAAGAAGCAUGUUUGUGUUAUUUUGGGAGUAGCGAUUGUACAGUUUCAGCAAUUUUGAGGCAAUUAAAAUUUUCUGCUGCCAAGAGCAUAGAGAUUCAGUUGAACUGAAAGUACAAAUUCCACUUUCAUUUAUAAAAAAAUUUACAUCAAAUGCAUGUUUUUUGUACCCAGUUUUUCCAAAAUUUUGGUCUCUCUACACUGUAUUUACAAGUUCUUUGCUUUAUAAUUUUGGAUGAAAAAACAUCAAUACCUAUUAAUGUGCUAUAAAUUGCUGUUCACACUGAUAAUUUUGAUUCCAGAUAGUAUACUGAAUAUAGUAUUUUAAUGAAUAUCCAAUAUUAUACAAAUCAAUUGUACACUGUUGGCACCAUGUGUACAAAGUGAUUGCAAUGUUAACAGCUGAUGGCUAGUCUAUCAAUAUUGCUGGUUCGUGUUCAGUUACUACAUUAACAAGUCAAAGACAUUAACAUUGCAUGCAGUCUAUCAAGAAUUUCCAUGUGAAAUAUGGUUUGUAACAAAUAUGGGUAUCUAAGUUCAAUAGUACUUGUAUGUCACCUUGAAAUAGACUCCUUGAAACAGGUUGAAAAUCUGUAAUUUAAAUCUAUUUACAGCUCUUGAAUAUUUGAAAUUCUAAUACAUGACCUUGAAACAAUUUUUGUAUUUGUAAAAGCAACUUUUGCCUCAUGCUAUUAAUUAUAGUACACGUUUUAACACCAGAAUGUUGUCAUGUUGCCAUCACAUCGUGUAGAAUUUCUUUUCUGAAAGUGGCACAGUGGCAAGACAGGUGUCUGCUUAAUCAUAAUUUAAAAUGCAAUCUGGUUAUACUAAACAUAGUCAAUUACAGGGCAAAUUAUACAGGCAUUUUGUUUCUAUCUUGCUGGUGCUGCAAUUGUAACAGUUUAAAAUUCAGUGAAGAUGUGUAAUUUUAAGAUCUGUAUUUGGCUUUACCUAACUUAAGAAAACAAUUGGAUGAUAAAUGAAAUAUCAUCAGUCGCCUGUGUCCUUGUGACUGUUCCUUUAGAAUCCAGAUGUAGAGCUCAAUGUCCUGAUCUGAAAAGAUGUAGAUUUUUUUGAAGAAAUCUACAAAUGGAUGUUUGAUCAUGCCUUGUGUCAAUGUUUCAUUUCAGAAGGCAAAUGUAAGACUGAUUCAUUUGCAAAUAUAAUAGUUAGUUUCUCUUCUUUCUUGCUCCCCCCCACCCCCGAUGGCAUCUAUAAAUUGCAGCAACAACAGAUGUUCUUUCAAAUGGUUAAAAUAGUACUGACUAUGUCUCAUUAAAUAUCAUCAGGAGUUCAGUGAUUCUGUAAAUGAAGAGCCAAUAUUUUCAUUCAGAUCUUGUUCCAAAUAAAUUUGAACAGUGUUUCAAGUUGCUAUUUAAUUACUUUUUGUCAAUGUCACUUUGGUGCACUGUAUUCAAAUUUGAUUGUAUAUACUGUAAAAUGUCCUUUGGUUAUCCCUUCAUCUGGCUCCAUUUAUAGGUGACAUUUUGUUUUGCUAUUGCAAUGGAGCACCUGCCUUGUUCAACGACUAAUUUAUUAAAGGGUAAUUUUAACAGGGGCGAAUUCUACAAUGUACAUAUGGACCGGAAUGCUGGUUAGUGAAACUUUGGCAAGCUGGUUAUAUUUUAUUUCUAUUGCAGGAGAAGUUUCUUGUCUUUAAAUGUAAAUUUCAAUUGUGAAUUAAUCCCUGGUGAAAAUAAAUGGUAUUGAAUUAGUCGUU